CACCGUGAGUUCUGGUGGGCGGGGUUAGUUUGAGCGGCACAGAUCCGCGGUGAGUGUGGAUGGGUGUGAGUGAGUCUCUGGUGCCGCACAAACCGCUCAAAAUAAACCCGGGGAGCCGUUAAAGCUCAUAUACGGCUGCCUCUCCGCCGGGAGAGGAGGAGCAGGAGGGUUCUGGUUCCUGGACAGCCUCUGUGUGCGGGGGAUCGAGCGGAGCGGGGACCAUGGCGCGGGACUAUGAUUACCUCUUCAAGCUGCUCAUCAUCGGGGACAGCGGUGUUGGCAAAAGCAGUUUACUGCUGAGAUUUGCUGAUAACACAUUUUCGGGUAGCUACAUCACCACGAUCGGUGUGGACUUCAAGAUUCGCACGGUGGAAAUAAACGGGGAGAAAGUCAAGUUGCAGAUUUGGGAUACGGCGGGACAGGAGAGAUUCCGGACCAUCACCUCCACGUACUACAGAGGCACACACGGCGUUAUAGUGGUUUAUGACGUUACCAGCGCAGAGUCGUUUGUAAACGUCAAGCGUUGGCUUCAUGAAAUCAAUCAAAACUGUGACGACGUUUGUCGAAUAUUAGUGGGUAAUAAGAAUGACGACCCCGCCUCUAAAGUGGUGGAGACCAAUGACGCGCAGAAGUUUGCUGAGCAGAUGGGCAUCCGACUGUUUGAGACCAGCGCCAAGGAGAACAUCAACGUGGAGGAUAUGUUCAACUGCAUCACAGAGCUCGUCCUGAAGGCCCGGAAAGAGUCUGUGGCCAAACAGCAGCAGCAGCAGCAGAGCGAAGUCAUCAAACUGAGUAAGAGCAGCAAACGCAAGAAGAAAUGCUGCUAAUGGACUGGACUCAAACACACACACACACACACACACACACACACACACACUCUUAGAGAGCCAAUCGACAAAACGCCACUGAACUGACAAGAGCCAACUUAACAUACAACCCAUCAGAGACUAGUAAUGAGAGAUAUAUCUAGAGGUUUACUAAUGAUGAGCCCGUCUGAACUUCGGGAGGACUUUGGCAUACGAACUCGGAUGUUUUAGCAGGAUUGGAUUCAAGUGGCAUCGCACUCGUCUUUGCCCCCCCCCCCCCCCCCCCCCAGAAGAUCUGCCACAAGAAUUUUAAAAUGGAGAAUGAAAUGCUUUCUGUUCUUCAUGCAUCUUUGUCAUCGUCCACGUUUCACACAUCUGUGGAAUCAAACCAAUAAGGCCAAACGUGAGUGUUAAUGUGGCCAAUCAGGACAGCGUACACGCAGAAGUCGGAGAACAUCGUGAGCUGCAUCCCGUGUUUUCUUGCUCUUGUUAUUGACGGUCGUCACAGACCCAACGGUGGACCAAACAUGUGCUGAUCUGCCAACUACCAAGAGACACUCGUUUUGCCUUUUGCGCUUUCUCUUUUGUCUUUCAUUUUUGUAAAAUUGUAUUUUUUUACUAACAAAUUAUACAAUCAAACACACGGUAGCAUCUAGUGAAUCUCAUGGAAGCUUGUUUCCGCCACGGAAUAAAAAUAAAUAAAAGGAAUUGCGACUUUCUCACAAUUCUGCCUUUUUUCCCCUUAGAAUUGUGAGUUUAAAUCCCAAAAUUCUUUGGAAUUGCCAGUUUAUAUCCAUCAGAAUUGCAAGUUUAUAUUGAAAAAAUGUCAUAAUUAUCUAUAUAAAAAAAAAAAAGAAGUCAGAAUUGCGGUUGCAAGAAAAAGUCAGAAUUGUGAGAGAAAAAUUCCCUCUUACCGUUUUUGAUUUUUUGUUUUAAUCUUGUGGCGGAAACAAGCCUCUACAGAAUCUGGUGCCAUUGACUGAACGUUGUUAUAUUUACAGAGCUGGGAGGAAAUGCUGAAUCUCAUGUGCAAUGACACAAAUGAAAGUGCUGAGUUAUAGGAAUAAUUCUCUCAGAAAUGCAAUGGAACCUUGUUUCAGCCACUAAAUAAAAAAUAAAUAUAUAUA